AUGGCCUGGUAUUAGGAUCCACAAAGUCCAACGACAAUAUAACUUCAAUGAUAGCCUCUACAGGUUUAGUCUCUUAUGCCAUCGCCCAACACUUGCUUAAUGCUGAGUCAUUUCGGUAUUCCAGUUAAAACAUGACUCCUCUAAGUGCCGGCAUAAUCAUGUUGAAAACCAUCACAUCGGCACGCCUCCUUUGAGACAGUUCCUUGUCUAAUUGCCUGUACAAAAGCCCAAUGGAUGGAAAGGCACAAUCAAUCCAAAGCCGUCAAUCCAGACGAAAGGACGUGAGAUCCGAUUGAGCCCCUAUCCUUUGUUAUCUAUGAUGUCUUAAAGCGCCACACGGCUCCCAUCGAUCGGUAUUUCUCAUAUUAUGCCAACAUAUUUCUCAUGCGACACUUUCCCUACAAGAACAGCAUUCAAAUCCAUGGAUACCGAACUAUCUUCAAGAUCGUCCAGUAUGCUCAAAAGACCAGCGACCAACUUAUGGCCAGAGGUCCCCUCCAAGAACGUCACGCAACGAGCCCUCAAGAAACUCAAACAAGUGCCUGGAUCUCCGUCUUCAAAUCCAUCAACAACCCCACAAUUUCCAAUCUUUACUACGGAUGAUCACAACUUGAAACUCUUCGCGAGACAUGGUGGUCCUGAUCUCACUGAUAUCCGAGGUUAUUGUUCGCCAACGAAUACGUUGCAUUCGAAGAGGGAGUCUGUGUUUGGGACUACUGGGUCCCAGGACUAGGGAGAUCCUAAGCCGAUAUGUUUUCCUGACGAACGAUAUUCGUAUUUUGGUGCUAGCGAGGCUUUUUCUUUCACUGAGUUAAACGGGUGAGCCUCUAUGCUUCGAUUGGUAUAUUGCCU